AUGAAGCUUUUCCUAAUCCUUGGGUUUUGCCUCCUACCCCUGGUUGCUCCAGGGAAAAUCUAUAAGAGGUGUGAGCUGGCAGCAGCUAUGAAGAAACUUGGACUGGACAACUUCCGUGGAUACAGCCUGGGAAACUGGGUUUGUGCAGCGAAAUUUGAGAGCGACUUCAACACUGGGGCCAUAAACCGGAACAGCGAUGGAAGUUCCGACUAUGGGAUUUUGCAGAUCAACAGCCGCUGGUGGUGCAAUGAUGGCCGGACACCAAGGGCAAAGAAUGGCUGCAAUAUCUCCUGCCAAGCACUUCUGAGUUCGGACAUAACAGCAUCCGUGAACUGUGCAAAGAAGGUUGUCAGUGAUAAAAAUGGCAUGAAUGCAUGGGUCGCAUGGCGCAAACACUGCAAAGGAAAGGAUGUCUCCCAGUGGGUCAAAGGCUGCAGACUGUGA